UCUCUCUCCUCUUUAGCGGCGACUGUCAACUAUCUGAUUUCCCAACUGUUUUCUCCUCUUCCACCAAGACUUUAGUCAGUAUUUUUAGCAUUUGCAUGCUUCUUUGAGGGCUAAUCAUUUUGACCUUAACUGCAGAAACUUUCUGCUUAUCGCUGACUAUAAAUACUGUCAUAAAAACACAGCGACACAGACAGACAAUCGCAGCGCGCCUGAGACAACAGCGGUGCAAGGGGGGGGCAGUUCCUGGUUGGUCGAGCAGGAGGCUCCGAGACGCCACAGGAGCCUCCCAUGGAGCUGGGCGUGGGGAGGAAAGAGUGUGUGUCUGAGUGUGUGUAGGGGUCAAUAUAAUGUGGUAGAUAGAGGGGGACAUGUCCUUGGCAGGCAGAAUUACUCACAUGUAGCAUUUAUUUUAAGAUCGGGUUUUGGUUGGAUACAGCAAAAAAAAUGCAAAAUCUAAACAGUUUUUGAAAAAAAGAUGGCCAUCAAGCUACAUGCGUAUUUUCUAUUUAAGUGUAUGUCCAUACACUUUCACACAUUUAGCCUGGAAUACAAAAAUAAGUCUGCACUUUUCCAUUUUUUAGUUCCUAAUUUUUAACAAAAACCCAAAACUGAAUAAACAAAACAUGAAAAUGAAUAAAUAAAUUUUUAAUGAAGAUGCAAAGAGACUUAUUUGUAGUGGACUGAUAUUAUUUUGAACUGUUCCACCACACGCUAUAAUCUGCUUAUAUCAUCAUCAAGCAUCAAUGCACCCCACAAAAAUCUGUCGUUAGGCCACUCUUUGUCCCCCGCUCCCAUCACCCCCACCCGUGACCCUGUCAGAAUCUGACGGUUCUCCCCCCUCACUUGGUGGGUUUUCGCGGAUUUCAGCCUCCGCGCCCGGGCCUGAAGCCCCGUCGUCUGCCCGUUCCUGUGCAGUGCUGUAGAAAUCUUUGCUGUUACUUAACAUAUCAUCAUGUUUUGUCUCUCAUUUGUUCACGGAGUUAAUUAUAAAUGUGUCAUCUGCCGGUUUGUGUCGUCUGUGUGCGCUUUCAUGUAUGUGGGUGUGUGUGAGACGCUCCAGUCUCAGUUGGACAAAAACAAUGGAACCUCUCUGAUUACAUCUCCCUGUACAGGCGGACGGGGUGUGUGUGUGUGUGUGUUGUGUGUUAAAGCCUCACGGGGGAGGAAGGGGUGGCAGUUGCAAGGGAGAAAAGAGGGGGAGGCAAAGUUUUGAACUCCCCUUCUUUCACGGUGUCGCGCGCGCUCUCGUUCCGUCCCUCCUGCCGCCAUCCGACACCUCAUUGGAUGAAUCCCCGGCUAUAUUUGUAGCUGAUUGGUCAGGGCGUGGUAUAUAUACGCGGCGUGGGUCGGUUAAAUCUGGCCACAACUUUAAAAACUUUCAAACAAGGUUGACAGGCAGAGACAGUGUGUCGGAGGGCCUGACUGACAGAGGGAAACCACGCUCUGGACAAACCGCUGCACCGCACACUCCAAACAAGAACUGUUGUUUUUGAGGAAAAAAAAAGACCUUGGACGACAGAAAGAGGCAGAGUCACUGUGGAGAUUUUUUUCCUUUUCUUUUUUUUUUUUUUUGUUGCAGAAGGAAUAUUCUGCACCACUGCUUGUUUGUUUUCUCUUUCUUUGUCCUACUCUCCCUCCUCUGUGAUCUCCAUGCUUUGCUUUGGGAUUUGUGCUCCAAAUCCAUCCAAUUCUUCUCCUGAUCCAUCACACUUUUGCCAUCUGAACCGUUUUGAGUUACAUUUUUGUUCCAGAGGUUUGCAACCAAACAAGCUGAGACAGACGUUUGCAGAAUUGGACUAAGAGUUAAUUCCAAGCCUGGUUCUGGAAUGAAUUUAGCAGAGCCCAGCUUGCGCAGAGAGACUCCCCUGCAUCCCAGCCAGGUGCCUCUCGGAGGCCCCUGGACGUCGGAGAGUCUGAGUCCUGCCUCCGACUCAGAAGCGGGUUUUGAGCAGAACCUCUCCGAAGACUGCGGCUCCACUGAUGCUCUCGGAGCGGAGACCAUGAGGAGAGCAGAUCCCAGGAUGGCUUCAGCGACGAGCUCCGGGGGGCAGAGUACGGAUCUGAUCCAGGCGGGAGGGAUGUCGCCCGAACCGAGUGAUGGGAAAAAUCCAGGGGGUGAGCAGAGGAUUCGCAGGCCCAUGAAUGCGUUUAUGGUCUGGGCAAAAGAUGAGAGGAAGCGGCUGGCGUUGCAGAACCCUGACCUGCACAACGCUGUGCUCAGCAAGAUGCUCGGUCAGUCGUGGAAGGCUUUGAGUGCCACGGACAAGCGGCCGUUUGUGGAGGAAGCAGAGCGUCUCCGUGUCCAGCACCUUCAAGACCAUCCCAACUACAAAUACAGGCCUCGCCGCAAAAAGACCACCAAAAAGCUGAAAAGGGUCGAGCCAGGGCUCUUGCUGCACACUUUAACCCAAGGAGGGGGCCAAGGCCUCGGCUUAGGACCUGGCGUCAGCCCCAUGGGGGCUGAGGGUGUUUCUACAGCUUCUGCUUAUGGACAUCCAAGCUCUCAUCCCCAUCAUCACCACAUCAACCUGCAUCCAUCUGUGGGACACUUCAGGGACCUCCAGGCUCCAGAGCUGGAGAGCUAUGGCCUGCCCACUCCAGAGAUGUCCCCGCUGGAUGUUCUGGAGGAUGGAGCAGGGGAGCCUGUGUUUUUCCCCCAACAUGUUCAAGAAGAAGCAGCGAUGGGAGGUUGGGGUGGCUACCACCACAACCCCAGCCACCACCAUCAUCAUCACAACCAGCAGUACGGCCAUCUCUACAGCAACCACAGUCACCACAACUCCAUGCACGGGCAGGGUUGUGGAAUGAGUGUCAGUGCUGGUUUAAGUAACAGUUUAAAUCCUAGUCUGAGUUCAGGAAGAAGUUCCAAACUUGAUUCUAGAUUAAACUCCAUUGAAUCAAACAUGGCUUCCAGCAUGAGCUCUGUUGCUCUGGUCAUUCCCAAGUUAAAUCUAACCCAUUCCUCAGUCCAUCAAGUUCCCGUUAAGAGUCCUGUGAAGGGUCAGCCUUCUCCUGACUCUUCUUUACCUAUAUCCUAUCCCCAUUCUUCCAUCAGCCUUCCUGAGCCAGUGAAAUGCCUACAAACAACCCUGAACACAGCCCCCGUUAGCUUUUACAGCCCAAUGUAUGGGACCAGCACACCAAAUUCCUCUCAGUUCAGUUCCUCUCAGCUGGGGCAGCUUUCACCUCCACCUGAAACGUCUCCCGCUUCCUGCUUGUCCUCCUGUGUCCCAUCGUCUACGUUUCUACAUUCUGUGCAGUUAGACCACUCCAGUGUUGAGGCCUCUGGCCACAUGGGGUCUUCUGCUGAGUUCUGGUCUGAGGUGGACAGGCAUGAAUUCAACCAGUAUGUAAACGUAGGAAGGAACCAAGAGGAAGCCUAUGGACCCCGUGGAAGUGGGUCAAAAGUCCAGGGCAGCUGCGCUGGCAGCGGCAUAGCCAGCAGCAGUAAUAACAUUGUCAGUAACAUAAUUAACAGGGAUGUCAGUAGUAUUACGAGCGGAGCUGGUGGUUGUGAUAAUGGGAGUAGCCCUCUCAUAUCUGCACUUUCUGAUGCCAGCAGUGCAGUCUAUUACAGUGCCUGUAUAACUGGAUGAGUGCAUCAUCUCCCACAUAGUCUGUACCUCUGACUAUGUGAAAAUAAACUGGUGUGACAUAACAAGAAGGAAAAAAAAAGUGUUUUGCUCAAGUCAUUGUCAGUUCAGAUUUGUUUGUCUUAAGUCCAUGAGUCACAAUUGUAAAAGUUUACUUUUUUAAAGGAAAACACAUUUGAAGAAGUUGUUCUAAGAGACAUUUUUUUAAAAGCAUUUACAGUAUUUUCCGCAAUAUAGGGUGAACCGGAUUAUAAGACUGUGACAAUGAAGGUUUUUUUGUUGUUUGUUAUAAAUAAGGCAUGUUUAACUAUAAAACAUUAAAAAGAGUCAGAGAAAAGUCCAUCAGUCAGUCAGACUUUAUAAAAUGCGUUCACGGUAAUUCAAGAUCUUGUUCGUAACACGCUACACAUCAGCCAUGUUAGCUGAUUCACAAUAACUAUAGUUCCCAACUUUGUUUGUGACACAUCAAAAAAAAACAAAAAAAAA